CGGAGACGUAUAAAAAUAGAGGCAGCCACAAGCACUUUUCCCACAAGCACUUGUUCCCAAGUUUCAGUCUCCCCCUUUGUUUUCUUGGGAUUCAGAAAUGCCCUUUUAGUAUCAUCCUCCUCCUCCUCCUCCUCCUCCUCCUCCUCCUCCUCCUCCAUUGUUGCUAAUUAAGCUUAUCGCUCAGGUUCUGGUUUAAACUUGUGAAAAGAUGGGGAGUACGGGCAAGGCUAUCAGCCUGGAGGAGAUCAAGAACGAGACUGUUGAUCUGGAGCGGAUUCCGGUCGAGGAAGUGUUUGAACAGUUGAAAUGUACCAAAGAAGGCUUGAGCUCGGAGGAAGGAGCCCAAAGGCUAGAGAUUUUUGGUCCGAACAAGCUAGAAGAGAAAAAGGAAAGCAAAUUUCUCAAGUUCCUGGGGUUUAUGUGGAAUCCUCUAUCAUGGGUCAUGGAAGCUGCAGCCAUCAUGGCAAUUGCUCUGGCCAACGGCGAUGGGAAGCCGCCAGAUUGGCAAGAUUUUGUCGGUAUUCUCUGCCUGUUGGUCAUCAACUCUACCAUCAGUUUUAUUGAAGAAAACAAUGCCGGAAAUGCAGCUGCUGCUCUUAUGGCUGGUCUUGCUCCUAAGACUAAGGUGCUUAGAGAUGGAAAAUGGAGCGAGGAGGAUGCUGCGAUCUUGGUUCCAGGGGACAUCAUCAGUAUCAAAUUGGGAGAUAUCGUCCCAGCUGAUGCUCGUCUUCUCGAGGGUGAUCCUUUAAAGAUUGAUCAAUCUGCCCUCACAGGAGAAUCACUUCCAGUGACCAAGCAUCCAGGUGAUGAGGUUUUCUCCGGUUCAACUUGCAAGCAGGGUGAAAUUGAAGCUGUUGUUAUUGCCACCGGUGUCCAUACCUUCUUCGGGAAGGCUGCACAUCUUGUGGACAGCACUAACCAAGUCGGACACUUCCAGAAGGUGCUCACUGCCAUCGGGAACUUCUGUAUCUGUUCCAUUGCCAUUGGAAUGGUGAUUGAGAUCAUAGUCAUGUACCCAAUUCAGCACCGCAAGUACAGGAAUGGAAUUGACAAUCUCUUGGUGCUCUUGAUUGGAGGCAUUCCCAUUGCCAUGCCCACUGUCUUGUCCGUGACAAUGGCUAUUGGUUCUCACAGGCUAUCUCAGCAGGGUGCCAUCACCAAGAGGAUGACUGCCAUUGAGGAAAUGGCGGGUAUGGAUGUACUUUGCAGUGAUAAGACAGGAACACUAACUCUUAACAAGCUUAGUGUCGAUAAAAACUUGAUUGAGGUGUUUGCAAAGGGUGUGGAGAAAGAUCAUGUCAUUCUUCUAGCUGCAAGGUCGUCCAGAACUGAAAACCAGGAUGCCAUUGAUGCUGCUAUGGUUGGAAUGCUUGCCGACCCAAAGGAGGCCCGAGCUGGUAUUAGAGAGGUGCACUUCUUACCAUUUAAUCCCGUCGACAAGAGAACUGCUUUGACUUACAUUGAUUCCGAUGGAAACUGGCAUAGAGCAAGCAAAGGUGCCCCUGAGCAGAUUUUGGACCUCUGCCUCUGCAAAGAAGAUUUCAAGAAGAAGGCUUUUGCCAUCAUUGACAAAUAUGCUGAACGUGGGCUUCGGUCAUUGGCUGUUGCCAGACAGGAAGUGCCUGCGAAAACAAAAGAAAGUUCUGGUGGUCCAUGGCAGUUUGUUGGAUUGUUGCCUCUUUUCGACCCUCCAAGACAUGAUAGUGCAGAAACCAUCCGCCAGGCUCUUAACCUUGGUGUAAAUGUUAAGAUGAUUACUGGCGAUCAACUUGCCAUUGCCAAGGAAACUGGUCGGAGACUUGGAAUGGGAACAAACAUGUACCCAUCUGCUUCCUUACUUGGUCAACACAAGGAUGCAAGCAUCGCUGCCCUUCCUAUUGAAGAGUUAAUUGAGAAGGCUGACGGGUUCGCUGGAGUGUUUCCAGAGCACAAAUACGAAAUUGUGAAGAAGUUGCAGGAAAGAAAGCACAUUUGUGGAAUGACUGGAGAUGGUGUCAAUGAUGCCCCUGCACUGAAGAAGGCAGAUAUCGGAAUUGCUGUUGCCGAUGCUACCGAUGCUGCACGAAGUGCUUCCGACAUUGUUCUUACAGAACCCGGAUUGAGUGUCAUCAUUAGUGCAGUGUUGACCAGUAGAGCUAUUUUCCAGAGAAUGAAGAACUACACUAUCUAUGCAGUUUCUAUCACCAUUCGUAUUGUGUUCGGUUUCAUGUUCAUUGCUCUCAUAUGGAAGUUCGACUUCUCACCCUUCAUGGUUUUGAUUAUUGCCAUAUUGAACGAUGGCACAAUUAUGACAAUCUCAAAGGAUAGAGUAAAGCCAUCUCCCCUGCCUGAUAGCUGGAAAUUGAAAGAGAUUUUUGCUACUGGGAUUGUGCUUGGAGGUUACUUGGCACUGAUGACUGUUAUCUUCUUCUGGUUAAUCAAAGAAACCGACUUCUUCUCUGACUCAUUUGGUGUAAGAUCCAUAAGGGAGAAACCUGAGGAACUAAUGGCUGCCUUGUACCUGCAAGUGAGUAUUGUGAGCCAGGCCCUCAUUUUUGUGACUCGAUCCCGUGGCUUCUCCUUUAUGGAACGACCUGGAAUGCUUCUAAUGAGUGCCUUCAUGAUCGCGCAACUGAUUGCAACUUUGCUAGCAGUAUAUGCCAAAUGGGGUUUCGCAAAAAUACACGGAGUUGGUUGGGGAUGGGCUGGUGUCAUCUGGAUUUACAGCAUUGUCUUCUAUUUCCCACUAGACUUUAUGAAAUUCGCCAUUCGGUAUAUCUUGAGUGGAAAGGCGUGGCUCAACUUGCUAGAGAACAAGACUGCCUUUACCACCAAGAAAGAUUAUGGAAAAGAAGAAAGAGAAGCUCAAUGGGCUCAUGCUCAAAGGACACUUCACGGUCUCCAAGCACCGGAAUCUUCUAGUAUCUUCCAUGACAAGAACAGCUACAGAGAGCUGUCUGAGAUUGCUGAGCAGGCCAAGAGACGAGCCGAAGUUGCAAGACUUCGGGAGCUUCACACUCUCAAGGGACAUGUGGAAUCAGUGGUGAAACUGAAGGGCCUGGACAUUGACACAAUCCAGCAGCAUUAUACAGUGUAACAAUCCAGAACAAACGCUACCCGGGAAAGAAAGGGCCGGAGUUCAACAAAGUAACAAAGUGAUGAGGAGAGAUAGAGGAAGAAAGAAAGACAAAUCAAAAGCAGGCCUAAUUAGUUAAACAUUUCUAGAUAUGGUGGAGAGCAUGUCUGUGCUAUAUAUAAAACUCUCCUUCGUUUUAUAUUUGCAUUCUAAUGUAUUUCAAGUGCAAGAUAAAGGGCUGUAUUUGGUUUAUUUUUGCUCGUCUAAGGGGCCAAACAAUGUCCUCCAGUUUUAAUCUACUUUCUAUCUUUCUUUGAUAGUUUGCACCA